CAAACGGUGGUUGGUGGCUCUUUGAUCGACAAUCAUAAUGACAUGAGGCAAUGAAUAUAAAUCGAUAUGAAUCAGUCAUUUCCCCUUGCUUUAUAGAUCUCUUGAUAACGUAUUCAGUGGUGGCAGAUAGCAAGUACUGAUGUUCAACACAAGCCUCAGAGAGACUCUUGCGCGUUACUCUGAUCCAUCUCAAAACCCAUACGUGCAAGUCCGAUCACAAACGCCCGAGCCGACUUUGUCGCAGCAUCUGGCGCAAACGCUACAUCCUGCACUUGACGUGUCCUUAGGCACUUCUUCUACCAACCAGUGGGAACCAAGAUGGAAGCUAGAUAUUGAGGUGUUUGAGCAACCCUCACAGGUGCUGGACUCUGGAGGAUGUUAUAUCCAGUCAUGCGUGCAGCAGGUUCCGCCAGAACACGCCGAUUUUGUUAAGUCUUCAUGCUACACAGAUGAGAAUUUAGGUGCCGUGCCAGCCCCCAUGCACGAUGCCACAACUGUGAAUCACAAUCGAUCAAUUUCCGAUGUUCUACAACUGCUCUCUUCCCAAUCCUAUGUUCCCCGAAGGUUCUGGUCCAAGCAUCAAUCAGACUCUGGAGCUACCGAUGAAACGAUCAGUGUCCCGGCUCCUGCCAGUCUUGACGUGCAGUAUUCCGCAUCUGGCAGUCAUGUAGACCCUAUCCUUACUGUCGAUGAAUCAGGCGCAUCGUUUAUGUCAGAAAUAUCUAGCCCGGCAAUAAGAGACGCGACAACGGAGAAAGAAAAAGGGGGGACAGUUAAAGGAGAGGCAGACUCAAGAAGGGAGGCAAGGAACAGGGAGGCAAAAAAAUUGGAGAUGGAAAGAAUGGAGGUACAGAAGAUGGAGUCAGCAACCAAGGAGGUCGAGACAAAGAAAGAGCCACGCGUUUCUCCAGUCACGAAUACCUCAAAACUUCUCCGAAUAGAGCGCAAGCUUAACAACAAGGAUCUCUUCAUGGGCUGGUACAAGUCCGGGAGCUCAUCAGAGCUUCGGUACCCGCGCGAGUGCAUAGCACCCAAGAUCGGUGAUGUCUAUGUCCACUCCUGCAAGAAAGAGGGAGAUCCGAAGUUUCAGCUGUGGGUGCGACAGAUCAGCCGUGGGAUGACUAUCUGGGUCAAAGCUCACAUUUUCCACAUACAUCCCAAAUUACUCGAUCGCAGAUUAACACUGGCAACGACAGGAGAACCUUACUGGUCGACGAGACAAUCGCUUUCGGCUUUGGGAAGUCGGGAGAGAGCUGGCAAGAUUGCAGAAAUGAUUCUGUAUUGACUAGCCAGGUCACCGGCUUGGUCCUGCACACGAUACUUUACAUUAGUAUUGAUCCAGACAAUAAUCCCAUACUACAACACUACUAUCCUCAGGCUGCGGGGUCCAGUCUAGUAACCUUGUACGAUUACCGUUGACUUACUACAAUCUUCACUCGGUUUCCUAGGUGUAGCAAUGUUGGAAUGGU